GUUGAACAAUGAUGAACAGACAGCCUAGCUUGACUUGACAACAUUCAGCCUCACGGCCCUUACCCCAUCAUAUUCUUCCAUUAUCAAAUUUUGAGUUUCAGUUUAGUCUGCAGUCUCUAAUCCUUCCCCCUCACACCACAACGCGUGCGCCUCAUGUCCUUCUACGUCGCGCCCAGCCAGCAGCGCACUCUCCGCGCCUGCAUGGUCUGCUCACUCGUCCAGCUACACAGCAAAUUCAUGCGUGAAGGUUGUCCGAACUGCGACAAUGUCCUUGGCCUCCGCGGCAACAACGACAACAUUCAAGAGUGCACCUCACAGGUAUUUGAGGGCCUAGUCACUGUCAAUGACCCGGCAACAAGCUGGGUAGCUCGCUGGCAACGACUGGACGGUUAUGUCCCUGGGACAUAUGCGGUGAAAGUCACAGGCUCGCUUCCUACCGAAGUUAUUGGGCAUCUAGAGGAUGCUGGAAUAAAGUACAUACCGAGAGAUGGAAGUACGGCUGAGGAAGAGGGGUAAUUGUUGGGCUAUCUGCUACUUUAUG